AUGUAAGCCCCGCCCCGCCCCUUGCCAGAAGCUGGGCACGCCCCCCGUUCUGAAAGACCCCGCCUUCCCCGCCCAGCUGUUGCGAUGCGUUCCUGCUUGAGGAGCCAUGGAGGAAGACCUUGAGCCGUCGUCCCAAGGCUGGCUAGGUGGUUGGUUGCCAGCCUGGCGGCCCACAUCUAUGUCCCACCUCAAGAAUGUGGAAGCUCGGAUCCUGCAGUGCCUCCAGAACCGCUUUGUGGCCCGCUACGUGCCUCUCCCGAACCAGGCCAAGAUCUGGACCAUCUCACUGUCUCCACAAUGGGGCAAGGGACGUACCCCUUUGGUGAUGGUGCACGGCUUUGGGGGCGGCAUCGGGCUCUGGAUUCUCAACCUGGACUCGCUAAGCCACCGCCGUCCCCUCCACGCCUUUGACCUCCUGGGCUUCGGACGCAGCUCUCGCCCGCCGUUCCCCAAUGACGCCCAAGGGGCCGAGGAAGCCUUUGUGAGCUCCAUCGAGGCCUGGCGCGAGGAGAUGGGCAUCCCCAACAUGAUCUUGCUGGGCCACAGCUUGGGCGGGUUCCUGGCAGCCUCGUAUAGCUUACAGUACCCGGAGAGGGUGAAACAUCUAAUCCUGGUGGAUCCUUGGGGCUUCCCCACACGACCAUCUGAUCCAGCUCAGGUCCGUACUGCUCCAACUUGGAUCAAGGCUGUAGCUACUGUGUUGGGACGGUCCAACCCUCUGGCCGUCCUUCGAGUUGCAGGACCUUGGGGUCCUGGGCUAGUCCAGCGGUUCCGUCCAGAUUUUAAGCAGAAGUUUGCCAAUUUUUUUGACGAUGAUACCAUCUCUGAAUACAUCUACCACUGCAACGCCCAGACGCCGAGUGGAGAGGCAGCGUUCAAGGCCAUGACCGAAUCCCUCGGAUGGGCCCGCCGUCCCAUGUUGCAACGCAUCCACAUGAUUCGGCGUGACUUGCCCAUCACCCUCAUCUACGGAGCCAACUCCUGGAUCGAUACCAGCACUGGGGAGAAGGUCAGGUACCUACGGCCAGGAUGCUACGUUAAUGACAUGGCCAUCCCCGGAGCCUCCCACCACGUCUACGCUGACCAACCCCGGGCCUUCAACACCGCGGUGGAACAAAUCUGCGACUCCGUGGACUGACCCGCCCCGAACCAGAGUGAAAAACUAGCUCUUAAAUCCUGCCACCUUAUCGCUCAGCGGCGGGGAGACGCAGAAGGCGCACGCCGCUUCCCGUGCCCUCGGGGAGCCGAAACUGAAAUCCCUGUGGAUCUCUGACUGUGGAUGGAUCUCCAGGGAUCUCUGCUGUCCAGCCUGCACUCCCCUCCCUCCCUUUCUCCCUUUCAAUCCCUUGGAAUCAUCUUUCUACUUAAAGGUUGCAGAUCGCCUGUUUUGGGUUAAUCCAAGCCUGACCGUUCUAUUUAUUUUCUCUCUCUCUCCUGCUAAUGUUUUGGUCUUGGUUUUGAUUUACGCCACAUCCUCGCGUUUCGACGCUGGUUCCUCGGGUCGUUGGUUCCGACGACAGUCCCCGCUCCCAAUUUUAUUCCUCCUCCUCCUCCUCAUUCUCCUUCAUCCUACCCGUGGUCCCUCCUUAACUUUGUGUAUUUUAAAGGCGAACUUAUGUUUGGAUUCUGCCGGUAAAAAGCUAUUUUGAAUCUCUAUGACUUCCUUGCUAGAUGAUCCUAGAUACUUGGUGCCUUUGGGGAUAAACUUGUUAGUUGCAGAAUUUAUCUAUAUAUAUUUUUUUUCUGAAAAAGAGAUUCUAUUAAUUCAACGUGGCCGAGACGUCUCUGUCAAUGAAGCUUCAGGCAAUGCACAAAACUCUUUUAUAGAUGACCCUCAGAACCACUAGGGGGAGCUUCAGAGCCUCCCCUGAGUGAUUGCUGGAAAUGGAGGACGAUGUGCUCUAAGUAUGAGGAGAUGUCCUUAAAUCAGAUAUAUUUCGGAGAGACGAUGAGAGAGAGACUGAGAUCCUUUUACUGUCAUGUCUGCAUCUGACCUCUUUCUCCUGCAUGAUGUGGCCGUACCUAUUUCCCACGUUAUACUCCGUAACCUAAAAAUCUUGGGCCCAAACUUAAAUCCAAGAAGCGGCCAAGCAAUUCUCUUUGGAACGUGCAAACUGGGUAGAAUUUAAGUGGCUUUGAAUUCGGGAGCAUUUAGUUGGAGGCACCAAAUACUCAUUUUUGUCUUUUGAGUUUCUCCAGUUCUUCAGGACUUGUUUUGCGCUCGGUAAAGAACGUAUCUUGAGGCCAGCUCGUUCCCAAAAUAAUUGAGAAAACCUGAGCUCCAUCUGACACCCCCCCCCCCCCAAGUUCAUGAGAUACUUCUCUUCUCCAUAUGACACAUAGUUCUAUUUCCUUGGAAGUGUGAAUCACAUCCAAGCUUGAUAAGAGAGCUUUUUCAGGACGGGGUGUGUAAUACCGUUGAAAAACAGGCGUGAAUAUGACCAACGGUCUGGAACCGAAGCUUAUUGAAUCCAGAAGGGAUGGUUCAUGUUUCAAAGAUGGGGAUGGAGAUAAAAGGAAAUCCUCACUUUUAGAACCUCGAGAUGAUGAGCCGUGGCUUCAAGAUGGAUCUGCAGGCCCUUCCAAAACUAGGGGAGAACCUGGCUCGGAAAAUGAUUUAAGGAUCCUGCUCCAAAUAGAAGAUAUUUAAGAGUUAGCCCCGUACUUAGGCCCUGUAUUUGACCCUCGACCUUGUUUGCACAUUCGUGAUGCUAAAAGUAUCUUAACGUGAGGAACAUCUGGGUCUGGGUUUGGAACAGAGGUGGGCUUCACUUAUCUUUAACCACCGGUUCGCCACAAACGCACACCAUCCGUGCAUGCGCCCAGCCUUCUGGACAUGCACUUUGCUUGAGCGAGCGCCUUCCGCGCAUACGCCCGGCCUCAAAAACCUGC